AUGGGAAAGAGUUCGAAAAAGAAAUCGAGUCGGAGACGAUCGCCAAGCUCGUCCUCGUCAUCUGAUGAUGGGCUGACGCAGCUAGAGCUGGAGAAAAUGAAGCUUUUAGAAGAAAAAAUCAGAGCAAAGAAAAAUUUAAAAGAAUGCGAAACACUUGAAGAGAAACGAAACCGCCGUCUUCAGAAAAAAAUUAACAAGGAAAAGCGGCGGCAAGAGCGGCUUGGAUGGGGGUCUUCUGUUUCUGGUUAUACGAACGACGACAAUCCUUUUGGAGAUGAGAGACUCGUGGAAACAUUUGUCUGGAAAAAGAAAAUGGAUAAAGAGGGGAACUCACAUUUGACUGAAGUUGAGCAAAAGAAGCUCAUUCAAAACCGACAAGCAAUCAACUCAAAAGACCUCGAAAAGGUGAAAGAAGCCCGAAUGGCGAGAGAGUAUGAACGGCAAAUUCGUGAAGCCGACCGAGCUCGAGAAGCUGCUCUCGGAGACAAUGACAUUGACGCGCAGCGAUUCAAGCAGUGGAGUGAGCAAGAGGAAGAGUUCCAUCUCCAGCAGGCAAGAUUGCGUUCGAAAAUUCGGAUCAAAGAUGGACGAGCAAAUCCGAUCGAUCUCCUCGCGCGUUAUUUGGAAGUUCUUCAAGGAAAAGAAGAAGUCCCCGAAACUGAGCUUCACGAGCCGUACAUUUAUACAAACGGACUCGAAACUGAACAGCUGGAAGAUCUUAUCGUUGAUAUAGAAGUCUACAGAAAAGUAGACAAGUCAGAAGUGGCUCAAACAUUUUGGGACAAUGUCACAACCGUCGCCAACGACCUAGUCAAAAGCCAAAAAGCAUCCAGAAGCCAUCGUUCCGAAAUAAAUCCUUCUGUAAAAGCGGACAUACUCAAGAUUUUCAAGGGAAAGUCAGUUGCGAAACUAGAUGAGUUAAAAGAAAAAGUGACUUUGAAAAUUGAACAAGGACAAAAGACUGGUGCCGACAUUAAUUACUGGGAAGCUUUGAUAAAAGAGCUUGCGGGAUAUCGAGCAAAGGUCUCACUCCAAGAACAACAUAAACAAUUUAUGAAAAGAGUAGACGCCGCGCAAAUUGAACACGAAGCAGAGAAGGCAAAAAAGAAAGCCGAAAAAAUGGAACCGGUUGUUUUUAAAGAGCCUAAAUUUACAGCGCCGAAAUACUCAAGGAAAGAAGAGAAGCCAAAGGAAGACAUCAAAGAGGCUGGCAUUAUAAUUGAGCAGAGGAGUUUGGAAGAAAUCGAAGCUGAAAAGAAGCGCAUUCAAAUGGAGAAGCAUUGUCAGGAAAUGUAUGAGGAUAAAUGCUACACUCCACCCUUGAUUGAUUUCGUGCCCGACACUGAAGAAAUCAUCAAAGCUUCGAUAGAGAUCCUAAGCCUCGAAGAAAAGCGGGAGCUGAUUCGUAAAAAUCCUGCAAAGAUCAAGGCAGCUGCCAAGACAACGAAUACUUCUGCCCUUGAAGACAAGUUCCUCCAAACUGCCAAGCAAGAUAUGGACCAGGAUGAAGCUGAAUUCUCUGUGGAAGCACAGCUAGAAAAUACAGUCUACAAGUGGGCAGACAAAUAUAAGCCGCGCAAACCCAAGUUCUUUAAUCGAGUUCACACUGGCUUCGAAUGGAAUAAGUACAACCAGAUGCACUACGAUUUCGAUAACCCACCUCCGAAAAUCGUUCAAGGAUACAAGUUCAACAUCUUUUAUCCAGAUUUGAUCGACAAGAGCGUGUCUCCCGACUACGAUCUUUUGAAGCUAGAAGAAGACCCAGAAUUCUGUGUGCUUCGCGUGAAAUCGGGCCCACCCUACGAAGACAUCGCUUUCAAAAUCGUGAAUAGAGAAUGGGACUUCGGCAAUAAGAAAGGAUUCCGAUGCCAGUUCAUGAAUGGAAUGUUCCAGCUGUGGUUUUAUUACAAGCGCUACCGCUAUAGAAGAUAA